ACGAAUGUGACUUCCGAAGACGUAACUGCAUAUUUGAAUCAAAUAUCUCCAUAUUUCAAAGUAGAUAAGACAAAGUAUGGAGGCAGAGGGUGUUUUUCAUACUCUGAAAUACCAGCUGGAACAGUGCUCUUAACUUGCGAGCAGUCGUUAAGUUCAACCAUAGUAAAACCUUUCAGGAAGGAAGCAUGUACUUUUUGUUUCUCGUACUACGAUGGAAGAAUCCUCAAGCUGAAAAUCCAAAAGAAGUUUGGUAAAGAUGUAGUUUCUUUGUUCUUCUGCUCUGAAAAAUGCAAGGAACAGUUUUGCAAUCAGGACAUAGAUGAUAUAUACCAGGAUUCUCUUUUGGAAGUGGAAAAACAUUAUAUCAAUGGAUUGAAUAAACAUGAAGAAGAACUCAAAGAACCACCAAAGAAUAUGGAUUUGGACGAAGUCAUUAAGCAGGAGUGGGUAAACGUUUCAUUAUGGGAAAAGAAAGUUUCAUCUACAAAAGCUUCCAAAAGAGCCAAUAUGAUCCCCAGAAUAUCUGAUAGUGAAUACAUAGAAAUCAAAUAUGUCAUUGGAGUCCUCUUCAAGUUGUUUUCUAAUGAGAAAAACCAGACCACAUUGAGUAUAAAUCAAUAUUUGCAUGAAUUGCCAAGAUGUGAAAGAGACCUCUUUGAAUUGAAUCUUUUCCGCAUUUUACAAUCAACUGAGUUAGAAAAGGUACACAAGUAUCCGUAUCUUUUGUAUUCCUAUAUCAACAUCUAUAAAUUCAUAAAGCUAACUGCUCUACCUCCAUUGCAGCCUUUCAUCACUUCUGAUUUGGUGAGAUCUUCCAUCGGAAGAAAUAUUUCCAAUGCCUUUGGCAUUUGGUCCGAUUCCAGUUCUUCUGAAGAGGAAAGAGAAUACUUUGGAUUUGGAGUAUACCCAUCUGCAUCUUAUUUCAAUCAUUCAUGUGGACCCAACGUAGUUAAGAAAAGAAUCGAGAACAAAUUGACAUUCACAACCUUGAGAGAUAUUUCAGCUGGUGAAGAACUCUGUAUCGACUACGGUAAUUACAUCAAUGAACCGGUGGAGGUAAGGCAAAAGGAAUUGAGUGAAUGGUUCUUUAAUUGUGGUUGUGACAAAUGUGUUGCUGAACUUCAA